AUGAACACAAGUAGGAUUCACAUGAAACUUGUCACGAGAGACAUGAACUGCUGCAGUAUAUUCUCUGCUCUGGCCGCCUCUGGCCAGUCCAUCAGUCCUAGAUGAAGGUGCAGUACGAACAAUAGAGACGCGUCAGGGAAUGGAAAGCAGAAUACCGAAAACGAGACAUCGAUGCACAGAAAAAGAAAAGCAAGACCUGACAUGAUACUACAGCAGCUAAACAAAUCCAGAGGACGGCAGGCAACAAAAGAGAGCGAGAGAGCAAAGGCAAAGCUGCUGCCCGCGCGCUUUCUUUUCUUUUAAAGCGCCUCCCCUUCCUCCUUCCCUUUCCAUAAAGCUAACCGGCUGCCAGUGUUGCUGCUGCUGCUGCUGACGCCUGCGGAGCCGUCAGGGAGCAAUGAAGAAGAUCAAGGCGGUGGGCGGCGGCGGAGGGGUAGCAGCCACGGCCCCGACCGACCUGCUGGUCUGCUUCCCCGCGCGUGCGCGGCAGCACCUGGCGCUGAUGCCCAAGCCGAUUUGCAGCCCGUCCCGGACGACCAUGGACAAGGCGGUGGCCGCGCGCCGGAGACAGCUCCAGCUCCCGGCCGCGCGCUCUGGCGGUGGGCGCCGCGGUAGCCCGCUGUUCCGGGGUUCUUCCAAGGCGAAGCAGACCGUGGAGCAAGGCGACGAGCCGCAGUCGCCCAAGGUGACGUGCGCCGGGCAGAUCAAGGUCGUCCGGCCCAAGAAGGCGAGGCCGGCGGUGCUGGAGAAGAAACCCGGUAAUAACAAGUGUGGCGCCGCCGGCGGCGGCAGUGGCAGGAGGUGGAUCACCGUGGUGGAGGAGAUCGAGCGGCUGCAGGAGCAGAGGAAGAAGGCGAGGAGCUGGCUCGAGGCCGUCGGGAUCAGGAGGGACGCGCCGGCGCUGCCCUUCCUCGGCGGCGCGCUCCGGAGCCUCCGGCACAAGGUGCGGUGCUUCGGCUCGCUCCACGCCGCGGUGGACUCCUCGUCGUCUUCGACGGACGACAGCGGCGGCGGCGGCUACGCGGACGAGCGCGUGAGGGGAGAAUCAGCCGCCCCCGAAGGCAGUGCCGCCGCGAGCGUGUUCUCCAAAUGGCUCAUGGUGCUGGAAGGGAGCCAAGAAACGCACCAGCUAGACCAAGAAGAGAAGCGGCCGAGCAGAGAGGUGGACGUCGAGGAUUUCAAUGCACCGUCUGUGCCACCGCCGAACGCGCUGCUCCUCAUGCGGUGCCGGUCGGCGCCCGCGAAGGGCCUGGCGAGCAAAGGAGCAGGGGAGCCACCGGCCGGUGAGGAAGCCGCACAGGAGAAGGGAAGCAUGGAGGCCGCCGCGGGGCAAGACAGAGGCGACCUGGCGUUCAUGAGCACGGCGCCUGAUUUCCUGAAGCUGUCCGUCGACAUCGCCAAGGAGACGUGGGUCGUCGGCGGCGCGGACCCCCUCGCGCGGAGCCGGAGCUGGAAGAGGUGAACGCUCGUCCGUCCCAGGCUGCGCACGGUCGUGGGAUUCGUAGUACAGAGCUCUCUGUAUUUCACCUGGCUACCCCGUUCCUCUGUUUCUUCUUCACUUGCAAAAUAUAAAUCCAAACAACAGAAAAUGUUGGGUUUUAGUACCAUCCAAGAUUGUAUCCGCGGUUCAAAGUUGACACGAUCGUUACAGUCUUACUAAUUCAUACACACAAUUCACUCAA